AUGCCAAGACCUACGAAUUCAGCAACAGCUGAAUUUAGUAAUAAAUCACGCGGAGUGAUAAAAGAGAGAUUGAUCGAAGGUAGACGAUAUCAUAGCGCACUGAAUGCCUCGAUACAAUUUGAUCCUACCAAAACCGUAUCUUCAUCUGACACAACAUCGGAUAUUGCGAAUAAUAUUGCGUUGAAGUUACAAGAGUACAAUCAAGAAACAAAUGGAACCAUGCCAUAUCCUUAUACAUUCUUUUUAACGAAUGAAAAUGCUCUCAAGGAUACACUAAAUUUUGAGCGUGAAUUUGGUGUUUUAUCGAUGCGAAACUUCAAAGGAAAGAUUGUACAGAAGGAAACUAGUAGAUAUACUGCACAGUCCGACUCAAUAAUUCCUUUUUCCGAGUUCAAAGCACGGUCUGACUCAAUAAUUCCUUUCUCCGAGUUCAAAGACACCGUUGAAGGUCCAAUUAAAUUAUCUGAUCUAAUGAACUUUAAGAGUAAAGAAAAAUCUGGAUUAUCACGGAAUUCAGAAAAUUUAUCGAAACUAUCAAAUAUAGCUACUGGCACGUUGUUCAGAAAUUCGCAAAAUUCAUUCGAUAAUUUAAAUGAAACUACAAGCAAUAUUGCCGGAAAUUCAUUAUGUGAAUUUGAGAAAUCGAAUUUCCUCGAAAAAUCUGACAAAGCACCUCCAAAGAUUAAUAGAAACUAUCCUAUUAAUCGUACUAAUCGUAAUACCGCGAAACGUGGUAGACCUUUUUCUGGGAAAAAAUCUUUUUCGAGAAUAACUCGAGGUAAUAUUUCAAAACAAAAUAACGCAGCUACUACGAGAUCAUUGAAAAACUUGAGCGGAAUUAAGAAAGGAGAGAUUUCUUUUGGCCACAGCCCACCAAAAACAUCAAACGAAGCUUCACAAGUCCUCUUUUCUUCCUUCUCUAAUAUGGAAAAACAAAAAGUAGAACCUGUUGUCGAAAUAUUUGUCAGGAAUUCUCAAAAGAGAUUAAAAAAAGAUUCUGAACAGAAAUCAAAUAGUUUCGAAAAUGACAUCAUCAAUCUCACAAUCCAGUCUGAUGACGAUGACGUUUUUAUGAUAGAAUCUUCAACUGCACAGCAAAAAACAAAUUCAGACAAAACACAAAAAACUAUUCAAAUCGAAUCGAAUAACCCUACCAGUUCGUCAAGAAAAUCCAGCGCAUCACAAUUUCCAGUAAGAAGAACACGAUCAAAUACAAAAAUAAUACAAUCCACGCGAGCUAUCGUAAGCUCUUUUCCCCUAUCGAAAAAAAUGCAACGUAAAUCCCUCUUUAUGAAGCCGGCCAACAUGGAAUCUACGGAUCUUAUUGACUAUUUUAAUUUUCCUGUAAAGGAUGAAUUAGCCUUUUCGCAGUAUUUUGAAAAAUCUGAUAUUAGUAGACGCAGACUAUCAGGUGAAGGAUUCAACCAUUACUUACCAACACAUGACACGAAGGCACCAAAGGAUCAAAGUAUUAAUCCAUAUAAGAAGAAAUCAUUCAAUAAAGAAAACACACGAGUUACCGAGCCAAUUGAUCUUCAAAAUAUGCAUCAAGUUAUUGUGUUAAUUGAGGAAAAUCCUAAUAUAUUAAAUUUAUUCAA